AUGGCUCAGGCAGAAAUGGUGACGGUGCGUAUGUCGCGAGGCCAAAUGGACACACCAUGGGGCUUCGAUAUUGGACCUGAACUCGCCAUCGUUAAUGUAAUCGGAGGUUCUCUAGCUGACCGUGCUGGCUUACUAAAUGGAGAUGUUUUAGUAGAACUUGAAGGUCACCAAAAUUUAAAUGUCGAAUUGGCAAAACAAUUGUUGUCGAAAACAGAGCAUAGAGUGGAAUUGAUUGUACAUAGGACAGGCGACAAUAUAAUACAUCGAAUUUGGCGACCAUCGGUAACCGGAAAUACAGAAUAUAAUAAAUUCCAACAUUCUGUAUUCAAUGUUCCUUCGACUGAUGGUCAAAAGAUGGAGCCUCCGAUUGUUCCUUUAAAAGUGUCUCUGGAACACCAGAACCCGGAACCAAUCCCAAUCCCGGGUUUUAACGUCGCAGCUCAACCAUUCGGUGAUCAUCAAGAGGUGAAACAUUUACAGUACAAUUCACCAAUGUCUCUUUAUUCGCCACAAACAGCUGCCGAACAAUAUCUUCAACAAACGGGUGGACUAUUUGGAACUGACCCAAAUUUGGCUAAACAAAAGGAAGUUCCGUUGUAUUUGCGGUCGGAAACGCUUCGCCUCAUCCAGGAAAGUGAACGGUCGAAAGAAAAUGGAGAACAUGCGAUAUCAGUUAGAUCAACUAAAAUCAAUCAAGAACAAACUCGACCGAACGUGGAAAAUAUUCCCGAAGCACCGAUGUGUUUUAUUUGUGGACGCAAUAUUAAAGGAGUAAUGUGCCGAGCAUAUGACCGUACAAUGCAUAGUGAUUGUUUCCAAUGUUCAACGUGUGGUAGUUUUCUCAAAAACCAAGGACACCAUUUUAUCAAUGAUAAAUUUUACUGCGACAUCCAUGGCCGUCAGCUUAGAGGAGGAAGUAGCGUCGCAAAACGUGAUCAAAUCCACUGGUCUGUCGCACGGAAGCCCAAAAUCGUUCCAACUUCUGACAAAAAUACUUUGCUAACUCCAUAUCAGCCAGAAGUUAUGACUCGGCAAUCGAUUUCAAUCAUUCCAACACCAUGGAAGACACAAAGUCCCAUCAGUCCAAGCAAUCGAGGUGUGCCACCAGCAGCUACUUUAUAUGGACAGGAAUUGAAUGAACUGAAGAAGGAAAUUUACAAUUCGUCGAUGAGUUCAGGUAACAUGUCUGAUCAACAAUCACACCAACCUUCGCAAAAGUUAUUAAGUCGUGUCCGAUCUUUACCGCUUGAAAUCCAGAAAGUAACGUCUCCACGUCGGCUUCCAUGCAAACAUCACUGGCCUCCAGAAUCUCACAAAAUCAAGAGAUAUUGGCAAUGCAGCUAUUUGAUUGCUGAUGUUUCUAAAGAUUCGAUUUCUAGCAAACCGGGACAAGAUGAAUUGCUCCUGCCAUUGUCAAAAUAUAUUAAGGAAAAUGAGGACAAGCUACGAAAGCCUCCAAAUCCUAAACAAUACCUGUUAAGAGGUGAAGAAAAAAGUUAUCACUGGAAGCCUACCAAUCAUCUGGAAAAGCCUAUCGAUCACCUGGAAAAGAACAGAACCAUUGAAGGUAAUUUUAGCAUGGCAUGCAGAUGCCAUUUGAUGCCAUGUGAUAUGUUAUUUCGAAAUUCAAAUUAUUCAGAACAUACGGAACAACGAAAAAAAUUUUUAGACGAAUACAACUGUGAUGUGGAAGAGAUGCAUAAAAUAGAUAUAGAGAACUUGAUUGAUAACGUGAAUAGCUGUGAGUGCGAUAAUUGGAGAGCAGUAUCUCCGAAUGAUAUCGAUAAAUAUCAGGAGAUGAAAGAAUAUAUUCAAAACAAGCCAGAUUUGGUUACGAUCUGUCAGAAUAUUAAUCACGAGAUUGCAAAUUCAGAAAUUCGGGAAAACCAAAGGAAGGGAUACGAAAGGGAAGGACAAAAUUUCGAUGAAGGUGAUGUCGUCGAUGUGGACACCCAUAAUAGUAUGGAAGUGAAAAAUCCUCCCAUCAAGGAGAGACGUGAUGUUCAGGAGCUGUGUGGUAAAACAGAACCACAGGAUGUUAAAAAUCAUUGCGAUGAAAUUGGAAAUAUCGGCUUAGAUACAAUUGAAAAGGAGGAGUCAAUUGUUGAAAUGGAAAAAAAGUUUAUUACUAAUGUCUCUCAGGAUAUUACUGUGAAAGAUCUGUCCCACAGUGAGAAAAAUAGAAAGAGUAAAGGAAAUCGAUGGACAACAUGUGAAGAAUGGAAUGUGCUCGAUAUUAAUAAUGAAAAUCAAAAGGUAAUGAAAAGGAUUGGAGGAGAAAUCGAGAAGGGACAAAAAGAAUACACGGGCUUGGAUCUCAUUGAAGAACGUGAUAAGCAAAUUGCUAUUGAAAGUAUCACUCGAUAUCAGCUGCAGUUACAUGAUCCGGCGAAGGAACUCUCAUAUAUGCUUGAAAAUACUAUCGAUUUCCUCAAAAAUCUUAACAACAUGGAAGACAGAUUGGUGGAUGGAAAUGGUUUUUGUCAUCAGCAACAAGAAAGUACAAAAUAUCCGGGCCCAAAUAAAGUAAUAAAAGUAGUGGAAAAUCGGUCAAACAAUUGUCGAAAUCUAGCUGUCAACAGGGAUUCGUAUAUUAAACCAUCAAAUGUGCAUGAAUCACAAAAUGACGAACUGCCAAAAGGUCGAGGCAUACUUCAUACUCAAAGUAACCGUGCACCGUGUUGCAAAGACUGCAGACAAGAAAUAAGGGGCGCAUACGUCUUAGCUAAUGGAUUAGCAUACUGCCCAAAUCAUUUUAUAUGCUCCAACAAAUCAUGUGGUCGCAAAUUGUUGGAUAUCGGUUUCGUAGAAGAAAAAGGACAUAAAUAUUGCGAGCGUUGCUUUGAAACUGAAAUUGCUCCACGAUGUGCUAAAUGCAAUCAGCCGAUAACUGCUGACUGUCUGAAUGCGCUUCAGAAACAGUGGCAUCCGCACUGCUUUGUUUGCGCGCAUUGUCAUAAUCCAUUUGGAAAUUCUGCGUUUUUCCUCGAACAAGGACAACCAUAUUGUGAAACAGAUUGGAAUAGACUAUUCACAACUAAGUGCGUGUCGUGUCAUUACCCGAUAGAAGCCGGUGACAGAUGGGUGGAAGCAUUGGGAGCUGCAUUCCAUUCAAACUGCUUUAACUGCACGAGCUGCAACGUGAACUUGGAAGGAGAGAAUUUUUAUGCCAAGAAUGGAGCUCCAUACUGCAAAUUACAUGCUUGA